GCCAAGUCCAACAUUUAUUGUUUACAAAGGCUUUCAGAUACUGUGCGAUACUCUUUUAAAUUUUAAACAAAACCUGCCAUUUUAAACUUCAUAUGGAGACAGACUUCCUGCACUAUGCUUCUGGUUCACUGCUGGCUGCAACAAGCUUUGAAAAAGGUUCAAAAAAUUGUUGAAUUCAAGUGCAACGUAACGUAAACGAAGCUCACAACUCUGUCAUAGUUUUGCUUGUUUUACAACGGCCUGAAAUCGGAUCACUAUUCAUAUGUGACCAGUUUAUUUGAUGAACUAAUCCAGUAGGAUAAUGUUGUCGUCUACGGAAGCGAGGUACCAAGGUUUUGACAUUGAUGCUAUAUCAGACAUCACUGGGGUCAGCAUCACCAAGAUGGACUAUAUUGAGAAAGACAGUGAAAAUUCAGGUAGUUUCUGCAGUGAUAAUACUGAUGCUCUGCUGAAUGCUUCACUGAAGGACUUUGAAGACAAUGAAUCUGUACUUGAAAGUAUUUCUCAGGUGGGUAGGGAUGUUGAUUUCUACCACAGCCCAGAGAGAAAAAUCCCUACACAAGUAGAAAAACAACAAUGGCAUGUCAAAAAUGAAGUUCACUUUUCUAUGCCUUUCACUUCAUCUGGCCCAAACUAUCCACCACAGGCCUUGUUGACCAGUAAUGAAGGGUCUAAGUUAUUCUAUCCAAAUGAAGGCAAUACAGAUGCUUAUGAAGUACAAAGCAGAAAUUCAAUACAGCAGCCUUCAAACACUUUUGCCCUAGACAGAAAGCAUGAGGAGGGUUUCUACUCAAAAGUUGGGAGUUUGAAGAAUGAUAUCAGUCAUAUACAACAACAGUUUUCACCUGAUUCUGAUACGACUACAAGUGGAAGACAGUCUGUCAUUAAACUUCACACAAGUUUACCAAGCUCCAUGCCUGAUUCUGCAGCGAACAGCAGCAAUUUUGAUCAGAACAGGAAAGUUUAUAUAAAUAGCGAAGAGGGAAACCAGGAAUCACUUGGGAAUGUAAAAAAGGCAGAAAUCCAUCAAACCCAGCAAACAACUGUAAAUGGACCCUUUGCAUGGUGGCAGACAGGAUCAAUGCAGGAUAGCAGUCAAAGGAUGGAGGACAUUAAUGAUCAUCAAGAUAUGGGUACACAAAGGAAUCUCAGGGAUUCUCAUGGUACACCAGGUGCUGGUGAAAGUAGGCAUGACAAUGAGGGACAUUCAGGCACAAACCUAAGGGAUUUUCAUGGUAUGAUUGGUGCAAUAAGGGGUAAUAAUGUGACAGAAAGUGCCCCUGAGGAAAGUCAGGAUGAAGAAAUGCUCCUGGGUCUCAGACAUGAUCGAGAAACUGAUGAGAUCUACGAUGACAAAGUGCGUGAAGGUGCUGAUCUUUUAUCAAAGCUUCUUGGCAAAGACCACAACUCUUCAUUCACUUCCUUCAGUUCAAGAAGCAGUGAGACGAGGCCCAGUUCAUUGAGAGAGAAGACGAGCGUGAACAAGCAAAGAUCACUGGAUUCAUCUCUACACAGUGAACCCAGAUUACCAAGAUCCUCCUCUCCAAAUAAAGCCAUUGAUCAACGCGGCCAGUUGAAAUCAAGCCUCUCAGGUGACCACCUCCCAUUACGUCAUCACAGGUCCCUGGACUCUCUUAAUACCGACACAAGAUUUCAUGAAAAUUUCUCGACCAAGACCGCCGUCGACCCAGCAUCACGCGGUCAUCCCAAGUCUUAUGUCGAUGCUAAGAGAUCUGCGUCUGAUGAUGGAUGUGCGACACAGAAUGUUCAGAGCGCUGGCUCAGAUGUACCAGCAGAUCAUCGUUUAGAGAAAUUGAACUCGUAUUUCGAACAGAAAGCUGUCAAACCUAAAGAAUUGAACUCACACGAAAGAGGAAAUCUUGUCUCACAGUCAGAAAGAACAAGGAAUGAUGGCUUCAACGAUUGCUCUGCUUUGGACGAUAUCGAUCUUAAAAGGCUUGAAUUGGAUGUGGAAGAAAUUCUUUCAAGAAAGAAGAUGGCGACACACGAACUACAAAUGCUGGAUGAGUCUUUGCAGCGAAAUAGAGCUGACAUGAAGUCCUCUGAGAGUUUGGUCGAACAAUACCGCUGGCAAGCUACACAGGCAAGAAGUGACUUAAUGGAUCUUGAGAAAAAGCGCAAUGACUUGCUAGAGGAAUGUUCGUCUUUGGAGGAAACGCUGAAGAGAUCAAAACAGAAAGAAGCAUUCGACAGCGACAAUGUCAUUUUUGGCCGAAGUAAAGACGAGGUUUUCCGAGCGCUUCAAGAGCGGGAAAAGUUCAAACACGACCUCGACUCCAUGCAAGAGACGUUAAAACGGGAACAGAAGAAAGCAAAGGUAGCCCAAGAUGAUCUUCGUGAGAAGAUAGGAAGUUUAGAAGCAGAACUCUGUAAACAGAAGGACGAAUCUGUGAAGAAUUUAGAAGUUAUGAAAGAGCAUGUUAAUAAAGAACGACAAAGGGUUCGCAUCGUACAACAAGAUAAGUUAAACGCCGUGAAUAAGAUUUACGAUGAAAUAAGGGAACAGAAUAGCAAAGAAUCUGAAACAUUAAAAACGCAGUUGCUUCGGGAACGAAAGUCGCAUGUUGAAAUUGUAGAAGAAAAAUUGAAGAGAGAGAUAAGCCAAUGGAAGAGAGCUACCGAGAACGCCGAGAUAAGGAUCAAACAACUCGAAGAAUCGUUAUUUGAAAGAAACGAGGAACUUGACAGAGCGAGGAAGAUUCUGCGGGAAGAAAAACAGAAGAAUUUGGAUCUUGAGAAAAAAUGGCGUUCGCAACUUGAGAACGAACGACAAGAUUAUGUUAUCAAAUUUGAUGAACAGGAAAGAUCUUGGAAAGGUCGGGAGGAGAAACACGCUUCCCAACUGAAGAAUCUUGAAAAUUUGGUUGAAGAGCGGACGACAGAUUUCAGACGAUCUGAGGAGAGAUGCAAAUCACAGACAGAGGAACUACAAAAGAUUAUUGAGAACAAGAAUGAAGAUAUGAAAAUGAUACGAGGUUUAGUGAGGCAACAAGAAGAUGCUACACGCGUGCUUGGAGAACGUCUCAGAAAUGAAGCCAGAGAACAUGUUCGCAAUGCUGUGGAAAAAGAACGACGAUCACUUAACCAAGAGAAAGAAAGGAUUAAACGGAUGAUUGACGAAGAAAAACAAAAUCAUGACAACAUCGUAAAACAGAUGACAGAAGAGUUAGAUAUUGAGAAAGAUCAACAUUCACAAACUAAAGACACGUUAAACAAACUGAAGCAGGAAGGUGACGAAUUACGAAAACAGCUUGUGGAAGUCCAUGGAGAUAGAGUCAACCGCGUGCAAAGAGCGAGGCAUGAAAACGGAGAAGAACUUGGGAAGAUGAACGAAAAACUACUUCAGUUGAAAGUUCAAACAGAGAAACUUGAAAGAAUUGAUGAAGAGAACGCCAAGGAGAUCCACGAGGAAUGUCGUAAGAUUGCGGAGAUGAUCGAUACGCCCCUGGCCUAUAAAACACCUCCAAGGUUCUCAAGCGAAGACAAGACACAAGAGAGCGUAACUAAAGAAGCAUUGGCGCGACUUCGUCUGUGUAAUGAAGAGUUACGUCAACAUCUUUCCGAAAUGAAGAAGCAGAUUUCGGCAAAACAAUCUUCAGAUGAAACAAGUCGAACAAGCAGCGAGUUAGCAGAGCUGAAAAAACGUUUGUCAGGAAAGGAGGAAGAGAUGAAACGACUGCAAAGAAAACACAGCGAAGAAAUGAGCAAGUUGAGAGAUGAAAAGAGGAAGGAACAAUUGUCGUACAAGAAAACAAUCACAAAGCUAGAACAGGAGUUUCAAAAACUUGUCGCAGCCAAGUCACCAGGAACUCCUUAUAAAACGAAGCAGGAUAUCUCACGAAGCACGAUUACGUCAUCAAAUGGCGUAGCUCAUAUCCAUUCCCCCAGCGUGAACGAGGCGUUGUCUCGGUCGGUUGAGAAAUCCAGCAGUGCUGACUUGCUAAAACACUUGCAAGAUCGAGUGAAGAAAUUGAGAGCGGAAAAUGAAAACUUGAAGAAAUCGUCCGACAAAGAAAGCUUCGCCAGAAACUCUCGAAAUCCUGAGAGCGCUCUUUUACAAAGCAAAGGUUUAACCAUAUCACAACUUCGCACUUCAAAGGGUUCUGAUUCAAUAAGUGAAAAUAUCGAACAAGUUUCUCGCAUCCAGAAACUACUAGUCAGCUCUGUUAAGGGAGAUUUGUCUGUUGGCCUAAACAAGAAGGACUGAUGGGAACUGUUUUCAUUUUUUUUGUCACGGUUUUUUUUCAACUUGAUAUUCACAACCUUGACCCCAGGUCAUUCUGCAUCCUAAGAUGCUAGCCCAUGCUGCAUGGCUUAUACCUAUUGCCAUGGAUAAUAAAAACUAUCCCUAACUACUCAUAUUAUUUUUAGUGACAUUAGUGGAACAAGUA